AUGGAGCCUCCACCAGCCUACGACCACUCGAAGCAGCUGGCCUACCCGCCUGGGUACCAAUCUUACCAAGACGGAUAUCCUCCCCAGCCCCAGCCGCAGCCGAUGCAGCAGCCUCCCACGGACCAAGUCACUGUGCCAGCCCAGACCACUUCCCAGAUAGUAACCGUUGGUGACUGUCCCGUCUGCCACAUCGGCAACGUGAGGAGGCGGUGCGGGUGCUCACCACUCGCCAUCUUACUUGCCAUUCUCUUGCUCCCGCUCGGGCUGUUCUUCUGCUUUUGGAGUACCGAGAAGGUCUGCUCUCACUGCGGGGCGCGCUUUGGCGCGUAG